UCUAGGACCAAUAUUAAUGUAAAUUGGCCAGAGCACGAAGGUGUUCAACGGUAUCCGUACAUCACGAUCACACUCCAGGCAUGAACAGUGGGAGCAGUUACCCACCACUACUUGGACUCCUAUCCCACAUCAAGGAUCGCACCUUCGAACCGUCUCUUUUGCUUUAUAUUUCGUCGUCUCUCCUCUUCCAUAAAAAUUUCCGAUCAUCGUUUUAGUUCUCUCUCCCUUCAUAGCCUUACAGUAAACAUUGAUCAAUACAAUCAACACAUCACAAUAAGUUUCACAGCAUUGGUUGAACGAGAACCAAACACUUCGCCGUGGAAGAUCAAAGAUGUGGGCUGUGUACUUAGAGAGGGCUCGAGCUCUAGAAGUCCAUGCUUGUCUGUUUGUAUUUCUUUCCUCCAUUGUUGUUGUCUGGUUCAUUGAAUUAUUUUGUCUUUCGUGGUUUCGUUCAUGCACUUUGCCUCGCAAUGUUGAAAAUGGAAUACCUAAAACACAAACACACCCAGAUGGGGAAAAGGGGAAAAAACGUAAAAAUAAGAGAAGGAAAAGAAGAAGAAAAUUUUAUUUGCCCGAUGAUGUUGUGAUUGGAAUUCUCUCAAGAUUGCCUGUGAAAUCUCUGAUGAAAUUCCGAUGUGUCUGCAAAUCAUGGCAUGCUUUUGUCACAAACCCUAAUUUCAUCUCAAUGCACUUGAACAAUUACACUCGCUCGUCAACCUCCACAACCACAAGUGAUGGUUUUGCCCAGCUGGUAUUUGGGCCUCUUCAGAGCAAUACACGUGAACCCAUCUUCUCUUUAGUCUCCUUUAAUAAACUUAAGCUCGAUACUGCAGUUUCUGUAGUUAAAUUUGAUCUGUCACCAUUCAUAAACGGCUACCAUUUCGGUGAUCCGGCACUUCAUGGUUCUUGUGACGGCAUAGUUUGCUUAUAUGGUCUAAAACCGGGUAGCAUUGCUCUGUGGAAUCCUGCAAUUAGACAAUUCAAGAUUCUCCCUGUAUCCCACAUACCCCUUCCGCCCAAUUCAAGAGUUGUUAAUGCUAGUGUUGGACUUGGUUUUGAUUCAACAUCUAAUGACUACAAGGUUGUACAAGUUUUUCGUUGCCACAUAAACUAUGACCCCACUUUCCAGGUUGAGAUAUACUCCCUAAAAACUGAUUGUUGGAGAAAAUUAGAUGUCAUUGUGCCUGCUAAAAUUACUCACAAUUGCUGGAGCUUGGCGUGCACGAACAAUAGAAUCAUCUGCUGGUGGGCUGUGGUAAAAGACUUUGGUGGGGUGAUCCUUUCGUUUGAUGUGUCUAAUGAAGUGUUCCUAACCACACCAGUGCCAUCAUUUCCUGGAGCUUUCGUGGGAAAGGAUAAAGCUACUAGAGCCAUUGUGGCUUUCGAUGAGUCCUUUGCCCUGGUUGCUUUUACUCCAUCCCAUGACCAAGUCCAUGAUAUAUGGGUGUUGAAAGAAUUUGGUGUUCAGGAGACUUGGACUAAACUAUUAUCUAUUGAUUCUAUUUCAGAGCCCUACAAACCGAUCGGCUUGUGGAAGAAUGGUAGGUUUCUUCUCUACGAUAGCUCUGAACAGCUGGCCUUUUAUAAUCGGGUACUCAAGAAAUUAAAUAUCUUGGAAUUCGAGGAAGAGCACCCUUAUUGGAUGCUCUUGUUUACAAGGAAAGCUUAGUUUCAAUCAAUGGAAGAAAUGUGUUACAGGAACAAAUCUUUUGAGUGACAUAAUUUAAAGAUGGACACCAUCUAUUUGUUUGCGAACUCCAGUAGUAGCUGUAUCAAAGCAAUUCCAACUCCACUACUCCAGUUUAGAUUAUGUCCUCAAUUCAUCUAAACAGGUAAAAUGAUAUCCCCAUUUGUGCACUAAUAUUCUUUUUGAGUUAUUUAAUUCUCAACAAUUUUUGUGUUGAACUCACAACCACAAGGGCCUGCAUUUUUAAGUUAGAUCGAGAUCAUUAGAACUCUCUUUAGCUUGUAGUUUAAUCAUACUAAUAUAUACUAAAAAAAAUUCAGGUGUGUCCGCUUUAUAUUUAUCUCU